AAAACAUGCAGAAUCAACAAUAUCCCCAACGAGGGCUAAUUUUAGAAUUACAAUAGAAUGUUCAUCGUCUGAACUAGUUAAAGUACAUAAAAUGACCAACAAUGGUCAACCACACACGCGCUGUUUUCAAAUGUUUCAUCGGCAUAUGCAUUUUGAGUAUCUUCGUCGUCAUAUUCCAAAUCGGCGGUCUUCCGACUGCUUCAGAACGUUGCAAUUGUGAAGACAACCAUGACCGCGAUGUACAACAUGAAAAGUUCCAUCAAAGUUUCCGGAUCGAGCAAAUGGACGGGAAAAAGCUAGCCAUAAUUGUUCCAUUCCGGGACAGAUUCGACGAGCUAUUACAAUUCGCCCCGCAUUUGGCAGCUUUUUUGGAGAAACAAAACGUACCCUUCCACAUAUUUGUAGUGAACCAAAAUGAUCGAUAUCGUUUCAACCGCGCCUCUCUGAUCAACGUGGGAUUCCUGCAUGUUCGGGAAAGCUACAACUAUUUCGCAAUGCACGACGUUGAUCUGCUUCCGGUGAACGAUAAUCUUCGGUACGAGUUUCCUGCGGACGGUCCGCUGCACAUUUCUGGACCUGAAUUUCAUCCUAAGUAUCACUACGCAGCAUUCAUAGGUGGGAUUUUGCUGCUACGUAUGGAUCACUUUGAGCAAUUAAAUGGAAUGUCCAACCGUUACUGGGGCUGGGGGCUAGAGGACGAUGAAUUCUACGUGCGAAUAAAAGAAGCUGGCCUGGAAGUGUCUCGCCCAAAGAAUAUAACUACCGGGCCCAACAACACCUUCCUGCAUGUACACGAUCGGGUGCACAGACGUCGAGAUACGGUUAAAUGUUUCAAUCAACGUGAAAUUACCAGAAAGCGUGAUCGUGAAACCGGCCUAAAUACGUUGAAAUACUCCAUACACAGUCGGCGGGAGCUGACGAUCGACGGUAUUCCCGUGACGGUGCUGAACGUCGAUUUGUUCUGCGACAAAAUAAAAACACCUUGGUGUGAAUGUGAAGCCAAGACAGAAAAUGUAACCCAAAAUAUUCCUAAAAAAAAGCCACGACUGCGUUAAUAAAAUUUGAAA